GAGARRGUUYCGUACGAAGAUUUCAGCAAAGAGAGAGAACUAUAUAGCAAUCCGCAAAUAACAUCAUAAAUCAAACGACGUCAAGAUGGGGAAAAGAGGACCAACGAAGCUGCGCGGUAGUCGUGGGUCUCGAGUAGGAAAUAUAGAAAGAUUCGAUUUGAUGGUKCCCUUGCCGCAGACCCCGGGGGGUGCAUCGAGUUUAGAAUGCAAGAUCUUGGUAAAAGAAAUACGAGAAAGAUUAGCAUCCAUCGGUUUCACGCACAUGGCCUUAACACACACAGUUUACGGAAGACCUAAACCAGACGACCGAGCCGAUGUCGCCAUUCCUAAAUCGUUGUGGUCGACUUCGGAGGAWACAGCAAAAAACAACAGGACUAAGAAAAGAAAGCUUAACGUAACGCCGUCUCACUCGAAGGGAGAGGACGAGGCCAACAUUUGUGUUUUGCGUAGACUUCAUGUGGUUCUCGAAAACCAGUCCGACAUGGGGACAUAUUUGUCGAAUGGGCCACAAGAAGACCUGCUUAACGAGUACGACCUUGUUUCUAUCUGCCCUACCAAUGAAGUUACAUUUCAAUCCGCGUGUAAGUCGGCUACAAUGGCAGACAUCAUCACGUUGGAUUAUUCUUCCCGUGGCUUGAAACUUCCCUACCGGAUUCGGUCGGCCGACGUCAGAGUAGCUACAGAACGUGGUGCAAGUUUUGAGAUUCCUAUUGCGCCGGCUUUGCUUCACCUGAAACAACGCAAGGCGUUGGUCCAUGCUUGCAAAGAACUCCAAAACAGCAGCCUAGCAACAAAGCCUCGCAUCAUUGUAAGCUCUGGCGACCGAUUGAUCGAUGGUUCGGAUGCUGGUGCCCUGGCACUGAGACUCCCCGGUGAUAUUUCCAAUCUUUGCAAAACAGUAAUGCACUUCGAUGCCACUACGGCUUGUAACGUAGUUGGAUCGGCCGCCAUGAAAACUCUGCAACGAGGGAAGGAACGGCGGCUCGGGCAGGCAGGUACUAUUUACAAUGUGUCCGUAGUCCGAACGAAAGACAUGUUGAUUUCCAAGCAGGCGGCACAGUCGAGAGGCAAGAGCAAAGGUGUUGAAGAAGAACAUAAUCAUAAGGUAGUGAAGUCGAAAGAAGAAGUCGGCGAGGAUUCAUCAGAGAGUGAUGAACACAGUGACGAUGGCUUCAUUGGAUUAUAAUCAUAUUGACAAGCGAUACGAAGAGGAAAAUCAAUGCUACGUGUUCGA